CUCACUCUCAAAGCAUCCUAGGUGUAGAUGAAUCCAAUCUGAGUUAUAUUAAAAAUUAUGCUGGCUCUUCCAAGCGUUAGAAUUGGAAUAGGCGGGUGUUUUUGUUCAACAGUCCAAAAGUAGUCAAAGCAUGCGCAUCUGUAAUAAAAAGUGCCUCACAUGGCUCCGAGGGGUGAAUAAAGGCCUCCUGUAGCGAAUCGAUGUGUUUUUGUGAGAAAAAUAUCCAUAUUUGAAAUGUUAUAAACACUUUUUUCUCACUUCUGCUGACUGUCAUACGUGCAAGCCGUUCUGGGCAGAUGACAUAGGACACGCAUGCACCGGUGAUUAGUGACGAACAUGGAAGCGUGGAUGAGAGACACCAAAACAAAUCGCUGCUCACUAAUUAGAAGCACAAAACAAGGAUUUGUAAAGAAAAAUAUAGGAGGAUUUCGAUCUAAGCCAAGAAGAGACUGGUUUUCAUUUGCUAAAGUAAGGAAACUUUGCUUCCUUUGCUCCUGUAAACAAAUUUGUGAGACUAUCAUAUCUCAGAGGCAUGUGCUCGACGCCUACGUGCUACGUCAACCUCCGGAACGGCUUGCACAUAUGACAGUAAGCAGUUCAUUGAAGAGAAAGAGGGGAAUGAAGAAUCAAGUGAAGUUGAGGAGAAAAAUCAUGUCAAAACUGGAGGAAAACCUUUGAGUUGCUCUCAAACAAAACAGAAAGAUUUAAAGAAAAAAAGAGCCAAGGAAUCUUUACCUACUCAGUGUGGAAAGAGAUUCACACACAAAACAGGUUUUGAGAGUCACAUGAGAGUUCAUACUGGAGAGAAACCACACACUUGUGAUCAGUGCGGGGAGAGUUUCAAACAAUCAGCAAACCUUAAGAUACACAUGAACAUCCACACUGAAGAGAAGCAGCACGCAUGUGAUCAAUGCGGUAAAAUGUUUUUAUGGGCUUCACUUCUGAAGAAACACUUGAAAGUUCAUGCAAAGAAGAAGCCACAUUCAUGUCAUUUGUGUGGUAAGAGUUUUUCACAUCUACAAAGUUUGAAAGUACAUCAGAAAAUACAUACUGGUAUGAGAGAGCACAUGUGCUUUGAGUGUGAAAAGACUUUUAGUUCAGCGAGCAAUUUAAAAAUGCACAAGAGGAUCCACACUGGAGAGAAGCCUUACAAGUGUUCACACUGUGACAAGAGAUUCAGUCAAUCAGCAAAUCUGAAAAAACAUGAAAGGAUCCACACUGGAGAAAAACAUUAUAAGUGUUCACACUGUGACAAGAGAUUCAGUCAUCCAUCACUUCUAAAAAGACAUGAAAGGAUCCACAAUGGAAAAAAACCUUAUAAGUGUUCACACUGUGACAAGAGAUUCAGUCAUCCAUCACUUCUAAAAAGACAUGAAAGGAUCCAUACUGGAGAGAAACCUUAUAAGUGUUCACACUGUGACAAGAGAUACAAUAAUUCAUCAACUCUGAAAACACAUGAAAGUAUCCACAAUGGAGAAAAACCUUAUAAGUGUUCAAACUGUGACAAGAGAUUCAGUCAUCCAUCACUUCUGAAAACACAUGAGAGGAUCCACAAUGGAGAGAAACCUUAUAAAUGUUCUCACUGUGACAAGAGAUUCAGGAAACCAUCAAGUCUGAAAACACAUGAAAGGAUCCAUACUGGAGAGAAACCUUACAAGUGUUCACACUGUGACAAGAGAUUCAGUGAUUCAUCAAGUCUGAAAAAACAUGAGAGGAUCCACACUGGAGAGAAACCUUAUAAGUGUUCACACUGUGACAAGAGAUUCCGUGUUUUAUCAAAUCUGAAAAGACAUGAGAGGAACCACACUGGAGAGAAACCGUAUCAUUGCACUGUACGUGGGAAGCGUUUCAUUCAGUAAUUUGUUAUACACAGUCAUACAAAAACAAUCACAAUAAGGCCCUGUACACACGGAGACACGUUUAGCUAAAUAUAUAAAUAUUUUGAAUUGUAUAUGUGUUUCGUCCAGACAGAUCCGGCGUUUUGGGAGAAUGAAAUCACAAUUUAUUUUUUAAACCGGGUCCCAGAGUGGAUAAAUCUGAAAAUAACACCUUUGCAUUUUCAUGUACAGCCAAUCCGUAUAUUUUGUGAAACAAUGAUGUCAUCACCCCUCUUCUCGACCCUAGUCAGACACCGCUACAUCAUGUAACAUCAACAACAAUAACAAUGGAGGACUACAUGUUUGUGUUCAUGCUGCAGAAGCUACUGAGCCUAUUAGCUUGACUAAACUUACUAGUAGAGCUUGUAAGGAGUGAAAUUAUUUCCUUAUGAAAUGAAUUCUUUGUGAAGCCAGACUUUCAGGAACUCUCGCAAUGCAAAUGCAGAUGCACCAAAACAAUGGGCUUUUGAUCUCCUCGUGGAGCCAAACA